AUGGCAUCCAAAGACAUCCCUCCCACGCCAACGCUGUCCGAAAAGCACUCUGGAGUCCCCGAGAGGCUUGCCGACAAAGCCCAGCAUGCAAAAUCAUUAAUCUUCGACAUCGCCACCAAGAAGCAAAAAGCUCGCAAGAGGCCGCUUGCCAUACCUCAGGGCAUCGAAAGGCCCACGUUCCUCAAAGCCAUUGACGAAUUGUCGCAGCAGCUGGGGCAGGAGAAUGUGGAACUUGCCGAUCAGCCUUUAAAGGAUGGAUGGUAUAUGGAGCGUUCGUUUGUCCUAGGAAAUAGAUGUAUAAAGGAAAUAUUGAUAGAGAUAGAUCCAAAUACCCACGAUGCUAUGCAUGUCCUCGACGAGGAGGAAUUCGUGGCCUCUGCAGUUGUGUACCCAGGCAGCACAGAAGAAGUACAGACGAUUGUGGCAUGGGCCAACAAAUACAAGAUCCCUAUAUUUCCCAUUUCCAUUGGAAGAAACCUUGGAUACGGCGGUGCGGCACCCCGUGUACGUGGAUCUGUGGUGAUCGACCUUGGACGCCGCAUGAACACGAUCCUCGACAUUAACCCGGAUGAUCACACGUGCCUCGUCGAGCCAGGCGUCACUUUCUACGCUCUUUACGAGGCCAUCCAGGCGCGCGGUUAUGACCAUUUGUGGGUGGAUGUUCCCGAUUUGGGAGGAGGUUCCGUUUUAGGAAAUACUUUGGACCGUGGUGUGGGAUACACUGUCUACGGAGACCACUGGGCAUGCCAUUCUGGCCUGGAAGUCGUCCUUCCCACGGGCGAGGUGAUUCGCACGGGCAUGGGAGCUAUGGCAAACAGUUCUAGUUGGCAGAUUUUCCCAUACGGAUUUGGUCCGAUGGCCGAUGGCUUGUUUUCUCAAUCGAAUAUGGGCAUUGUGACGAAACUGGGCAUGACCUUGAUGCCAAAUCCCGGAGGCUACGAAAGCUACCUAUAUACCUUUACCGAGGAGGCCGAUCUUGCUCCUCUUGUGGAUAUAAUCCGGCCACUGCGAAUCGGAAACAUUUUAGAAAACGUCGCGCAGCUGAGACACGUCGUACAAGCCAUUGCCCUAAACGGCAAGCCUCGCAGCACUCACUUUCAAGGCCAAGGGCAAAUAACCGAUGAACUCGCGCGCAAAAUUGCACGGAGAGAUUUAAACUAUGGAGACUUUACCUGGCUGUACUACGGCAUGUCGUACGGGCCCAAACAUAUUCGCCAAUACAAGCUUGAUAUCAUCCACAAGGAGUUCAUGAAGAUCCCUGGGGCGCGUCGCAUCGACCCAGCCUCUUUACCCAAGGACGACUAUUUCUGGUCUCGCGACCGCAUUGCAGCAGGGAUUCCAGAUCUCGAAGAACUGCGCUGGGUAAACUGGUACCCCAACGGUGGACACAUCGCAUUCAGCCCUGUAUCCCCUGUACGCGGAUCCGAUGCUACAAACCUAUGGCAGAUUGCACGCGGGCGAGCGGCCGAAUUCGGCCUAGAUAUAUUCCCUGCGUUUUGCGUGGGGCUGCGCGAAAUGCAUCUGAUUGUGGAAUGCGUGUUUGAUCGGGACGACAAGAGCAUGCGCGAAAAAGCGCUGGCCUGUAUGCGAGGCAUGAUUGACGAUGCAGCAGCUAAAGGGUACGGCGAGUACCGAACUCACAUAGCCUUGAUGGACCAGAUCGCGAGCACCUAUGAUUGGAACGACAAUGCGUUGAUGAAGUUUAACCAGCGGCUCAAGGAUGCGCUGGAUCCGAAUGGCAUCCUGGCGCCAGUAUCCAAAGCAUCACUGAGCUUUGAAAUGUCUGGAUCUAUCCCGGUGUUGCGCCCGCUGGUGCAAUGCACUCAGAAGCAACAUGCUUCGAAAUGUACACAACAAAAGAGCAUGUCGUCUUCCAGCACCACCUCCAAUGAAAAAGGCAAAUUGCCACUGGCUGGUAUUCGCGUACUGGAUAUGAGCCGCGUGCUAGCUGGCCCAUACUGUACACAGCUUCUUGGCGACUUGGGAGCAGAGGUAAUCAAAGUUGAACACCCCGUACGAGGCGAUGAUACCAGGGCCUGGGGUCCUCCGUUUGCAGAAUACAAAGAUGGGCGAGAUGGGCCGGGUGAGAGUGCUUAUUACCUUUCAGUCAACCGAAACAAAAAGUCCCUAGGUCUUUCGUUUGCUCAUCCCGAGGGCGUUGAAGUGCUCCACACGCUCGCCAAAGACUGCGAUGUCCUUGUCGAAAACUACCUUCCAGGCUCCCUAGAAAAAUACAACAUGGACUACGAAACCAUACGAAAAAUAAACCCACGACUAGUCUACGCCAGCAUCACCGGAUACGGCCAAACCGGUCCUUAUAGCAACAGGCCGGGCUUUGAUGUAAUGGUAGAGGCUGAAUUCGGAUUAAUGCAUCUGACCGGCUCGCGCAAUGGUGCCCCUGUCAAAGUCGGCGUGGCAGUGACAGACCUGACAACGGGGUUGUAUGCGUGCAAUUCAAUCAUGGCUGCACUGUUUGCCCGCAUUAAUAGCGGAGAAGGACAGCAUUUGGAUGUGUGCUUGAGUGACGUUCAAACGGCCACUUUGGCGAAUAUGGCCGAGUCUGUUCUGGUCAGUGGGAAGAGAGAUAGUGGUCGAUGGGGGACUGCUCACCCUUCCGUGGUCCCAUAUCAGGGCUUCAAAACAGCAGACGGCGACAUUUUCGUCGGCGGCGCCAACGACCGGCUGUUUGGCAUCCUUUGCAGCAAGCUUGGAAAGCCAGAAUGGAGCACGAACCCUAAAUACAUAACCAACAACGAACGCGUACGCAACAGAGAAGAACUCGAGGGCCUUAUUGAGGCGGAGACGACAAAGCGAACGACGCAAGAAUGGCUCGAGGUUUUUGAGGGCUCCGGCCUGCCGUAUGCUGCAGUUAAUGAUGUACUAGACACUUUGAAUCAUGAGCAUACCAAGGCUCGCGGCAUGGUUCAAGACAUUGAUCACCCGAUUUGCGGUUUAAUCAAGGUACUCAGUCCGCCAGUGAAAUACUCUAAUGCUGACCCUAGCAUUCGCUUGCCACCGCCGUUGCUUGGAGAGCAUACGGAAGAGAUUCUCGUAGAAGUUGCUGGGCUGGAGAGGAAGCGAGUGCAGGAGCUGAGAUCUAAGGGAGUUGUUGCAUAG